AUGACGGUUAUGAGAGUCAGCAAUGAUGCCAAGUGUUUAUGCUUUCCACUAACGUUGAGUGGUUCCGCUGAAGAAUGGUUCAAAAAGUUGGAACUAGGAUCUGUGGAUUGCUGGAACAAGUUGCAAGUUAGUUUCCGGAGACAGUUUGUCGCAGCGAGAAAGAUUAAUCUCGAAGUCAGUGCCUUGACUAACAUCAAGCAACUACCCGCAAAAACAUUGAAAAAUUUCAUAAAGAGGUUCAAGGAAGAAGCCUCAAAAACUAAGAAAGUUGAUGACAGACAACAGCUUGCACUUCUUCAAGCUGGAAUCCGUACAGGAACCCCAUUCUGGAAUGAAUUGCAACAAGAAGGAGCUGCUAACCUCCAGGAUUUUCAGAAGAGAGUCCCAAAGUACAUCAACUUGGAAGAAGCCCAAAUAGUGGCCUACGGAGGAUACUACCCAACUGGAGUGGCAGGAUAUGUACCCGGAGUUCAACUCUCAGGAACCCUACCUCAGGCUACUCCACAAAUAAGCGGUAUACAGUUCUCCGCUACCCCAGGAUACAAUUAG